ACAAUAGUCUUUCAACGUACACACCCCACCCCAUUCAAUCCCCACAGCUGCCGCCAGAAAAGGAACUUUCUACAGUCUCCACGGUCAAUCGCCGCCGAGAAAGCGCACCCUAAGACCGUGCAGUCUUCAUAUUGGCAAAUAAAAAAAACAAAGACCACAGUGGGUGGAGCAGGUCUGAGUUGCUUUCCUUACCAUCAUCAGGCCGAAUGUUCGAGUCCAGCCAAACAGCCAUACAGUUCAGGGCAGUCAGCACCCAGUGGUCAAGGGCCUGCGCGUAGAGUAUGCAAUGGAUUCAAAGAGAGAAAGGUCCCACCGUGCCAUUCAGUCAGCUAGUCAGUCAACCACUUUCUGCACUAUACUUGUUCGGCCACCUCUUUUGGCAGGCCAUUCAUUCUCAGGCUACUCUGGGUCUCCGCAAUGGUCUUUACAAAAGUCAUAUAAAUACUGCUGAUGGACCCCAGACGCGCGCUUGUUCAUCACAUCAGACACUUCAAUACCAAUCCCUCACACCAAACAGCACACGCACACGCACACGCAAACGCAAACGGACACACGCUCUCACUCUCUCUUACAAACAUGCAGUUUUUCAAAAAGUCCAACAAGAACAAAACCGCCUCGGCCGCCCCUACCCCUGCUCAGACCCCCCGCGGCUCCAUGGACGAGUCGCGUCCCACUGCCCCUGUACUUACGGCCAAGCAGCAGAAGCAGAUCAAGGACGCCGAGAUGCUCUACAGCCUAAUUUCCAAGUCUGUCACUGGAGGCCAGAGCGGUCCUUACAUCCUCUGAAUGGGUGUAUACCAACAUACUGACACGACCCAGGACCAAGGCGAAUCCAUACUUCAUACAACCCAUAUACCGAGCCGAGGGGCAACCCAGCCAUCAGUAUCACCACAAGCAUCCCUGCAAUCAUCCACUGCACUGUAAUAUAUUUCCUUGACAAUAAAUCGUCAUCUCCUAUUACCUUGAGAUCGAAAGCAGUGAUUCCUUG